AUGCCAAAGCGCAACAACCCGGAAUCUCCUACGGACUCAGUAAUUGGAGUUUCGGGAGAUGAGUCUCAAUCAAGCAGCACAACAACUCGAAAACGAUGUCGUCUGGCUAAUGCUUCUCAGUUGGAUUUGUGUCAAGAACUGUUUGAUCGAAUUCGGGCAUAUCGUGGAGAGGAUGGUACAUUAUCUGAAGCAUUUAUGCGUCUACCAACAAGAAGAUCAAAUGCAGAUUACUAUGAGGCAGUAAGAGAACCUAUGGAUUUGGCUCGUAUCCAAGCAAAAAUCAAGGCAUGUGAGUAUGAAAGCGUCGAACAGAUGGCUACAGAUAUCAAUUUAAUAGUGGCCAAUACAAAAUCAUUCUAUCCCGCUUCAACAACUGAGUUCGCCAAAGCCGUUGAAUUACAAGAUGUUUUUGACCAUGAGCGUCAAGUACUUCAAGCAAUAACUACUAAGAGUACUGAUUCCACUGCAAGUUCAACAAGCAGUAGCGUUAGCGAUAGGCGUACAACUCGCAGGCGUGCAAUAAUUACUGAAGAACGAGAUGAGGAAGAGGCUGAAGCUUUAUCAAUUGCAGCUUCAGAUGAUUCACGUACAGCUCCAUCCGAAGCUAGCACUAGUCAACCAAAUUCAACACAAUUGGAUAAUCCAUAUGAAUUAUUAUUUGCUUCUAUUGCAAAAUAUGUUAGCGAAAAUGAUCGUCCAUUAGCUCCAACAUUUACUCAUUUACCAUCUAGAGAGCUUUAUCCUGUUUACUACGUUGUUAUCAAGGAGCCAAUUGAUUUAAGAAUGAUUGCCAGACGGAUUUUAUCUGGAAAGUAUAAUUCCAUGGAUGAAUUGGAGAAGGAUUUUUUAUUAUUAGCACGGAAUGCUAAAACCUUUAAUGAACCAAAGUCAGUUAUCUAUCAGGAUGCGGCAACAUUGGCUAGAAUUCUAAAGGGUAAGCGUAGUGAAGCAGAGCAUCCGCCAGUUAGAACUAAUCGAGAGCGUGGAAAACGAGCCUCUCGUUUAAAUUACAUACCCCAUGAGGUUGUAGAACAGUUUGCUUCAAUGCCUGAUUUAUCUGAUCCUCCUGAUAGUUCAAGUCAAAUGGACGAAUCCACUGAGGCAGCUUUUGAGCUUUCUGGUGAUGAUGAAGAUACUCAAGCAACUGGUACAUCUCAAAGCUGUUCAUCGGUAGCUUCAUUUUCUGUCAAAAGAAAACGUGGACGCCCACGUCGUAAUCUAUAUCAUGAAGAUUCAAUAAAACGAAGUCCAUCUCGAGAACCUCUUUCUCCAGCAAGCAUACUUUCUCAGCAUAGUACAAGUGCAGCUGGUGAACUAGGCGGAGCGAAUUUACCACAUUCAUGUACUUCACGAGCUCAUAGACGCUUACAAGAAAAACUUUUGCAAGUUGUAUUGGAUGCUCUUAAUGAAGAUGGUCAACCAAUGUCAACACCAUUUUUCCGACUUCCAUCUAGGAGAUUAUAUCCGGACUAUUAUGAAGAGAUUACCAAUCCAUUAUGUCUCUCGAGCAUAAAGAAGAAAAUUAAAAGAUAUGAAUAUUCUUCAUUAGACACUGUCCUCAUUGAUUUAGAUAUAGUAUUUAAUAAUGCCCAACAGUAUAAUGUUGAACAAAGUGCCAUACAUCAAGAUUCUAUUCGUUUACAACAGAUUGCUCAUAAAAAAUGUGAAGAAUUAAAGAAUUCAGAAAUAGCAUUGAAUAUAAAACCGGAUAAUCCAGAUGGAGCUUCAUUUAGUCCUAAUGGAAAUAAUCUAACUGUAUCGUCGACUACACUAUCAGAAGGCAUGAAUUAUUAUGCACAAUAUGAUCAAACUCCACUUAAACGACCUGGACAUCAAAUAAUCACAGGAGAAGAGGCAACUUUGAAACGUUUGCAAACUUUGUACAAAACUGUUUAUUAUUUUCGUGCAAAUGAUGGACAUUAUCCUCGAGAUACAUUUGUAAGCUUACCGUCUAAAGAUGUUUAUCCGGAUUAUUAUCAAUUAAUUGCUAAUCCAAUCGAUUUAACUAUGAUUAAACAUAAAAUGGAUGAAGGAAAAUACUCGUCACACGACGAAAUGGUUCUUGAUCUUCAAUUGAUGUUUAACAAUGCUUGCAAUUAUAAUGAAGAAGGUUCCUCAGUUUAUAAUGAUGCUAAGCUUUUGGAUUCAGUUGUCAAGAAGCGUCUUAAGACUUUUGUCUCAUAUACUGGAAUUGUUAAUCGACCUUUAACUUCACGUAGUUCAGAACCCCUAACUCAACAGUUAGACGUUCCAAAUAUUCAAUCACAUGCUGGUUUAGUCAAUACCGUUCCUGCUGUCCAUCAUCAACAACCUGGACAACCAACUUGUUCACUCUUACAACGUGUCAUGUUGGAGCUUUUUCAAGCAGUUCGGGAAUAUCAAAUCAACGGAAGAAUUUUAUCUGAACCAUUUAUGCGUCUACCAACUAGAACUGAGCUUCCAACUUAUUAUGAGUUUAUUAAGAAGCCUGUAGAAUUACAAACUGUGGCUAAACAACUGGUUCAAAUGAAAUAUACUGAUUUUGAAGAGUUCGCUAGUGAACUUUUUCUGAUGUUUGACAACGCAUGCCGAUUUAACGAACCUGAUUCACAAAUUUACGCGGAUGCACUCAUUCUUCAUAGAGUAUGUCUUACCAAGCGAUCAUCAUUAUUAUCUACUCACCAUCAGUCUCUCUCAAUACCUCCAUGUGUUGCCCCUGAUGUCGCUACUGGUUUACGCCGUCUGUUGACAAACCUUCAUAAUGCAAUGUUAACCGCUUGCGAUGCAGAUGGUCGAGGAUUAGUAGAUUCAUUGAUAGCUGGUGAUGGCACUGAGUCCACACUUACUUCAGUGACUGCAGCUCGUUUGGCUGCUCUUCAUCGUGCAGUGGCAGAAGGCUCCUAUCAUCGUCUGGAUAGUCUUCAGUCAGAUUGGCUCGGGAUAUUAGCCAGAGCCCGAAUUGGAGAAGGAUCAGACCAACCAGCAGAAGUGAAAAAUCCUUGUCCUACUAAACAACAACGUUUAGAUGCUGCUGAAUUAGCCCAUCGUUGGGUGCGUCUUAGGGAUGAAUUAUGCCAUCGACAACAACGAAGAUCAGGAACUCAGACAUGUACACCAAAUAACGAUUCUGGAUCUGUAUUGCCCAAUCAUGUGGUUUUGUACAGUCCUGCUUUGUCGUAUACAGAAGCAGCCUUAGAGCGUGACAUUACUGAAGAAAAUGCAAACCAUAAACUUCCAGUUUAUGAUGAUGAAAAUGGAGAAGAAACUUUAAAUCCACUUUUAGAUGGCGAAUGCGAGUUGAAACAUUUUGAAGCACGUGGUCAACUCUAUCAUGUUGGAGAUUAUGUUUAUGUUGAACCAAUGCGACCCAACGUUACUCAAUGUCAUAUUGGUCGUAUAACACGUAUUAGUCGGAGAGAGCAUCAUUCACUGUCCAAAACGGAAGAACAAAUGUCUAACAAGGACGACCAGUCGAAAACCGAAAAUAAUUGUGACAAUAUUGAAUCAUCUUCGAAGAUUGAUCAUCCAACUACGAUUAAUGUCCGAUUGUCUAUGUAUUUACGACCAGCUGAAGCACAUCCUUCACGUCGAAGGCGUCUUUUAGCUGCUGAAGUUUUUCGUACAGCUCUUGGUGAAACAGUUCAAAUUAAUCAAAUUAUGGGACGUUGUCUCGUAAUGCAUAUUUCGCAAUUUAUUCGUUACAAGCCAAAAAAUCUUGAAGAACGUGAUGUAUUUAUUUGUGAAUCUCAGUUCUCCAUUACAUCCCAGUUAUUUUUGAAAAUCAGGGAUUGGAAUAUACCACUUCCGACUGGGAUUGAAUUAGAAACCAGACCUACUCCUUUUGUACCAACCCGUUUACCUCCAAAUGAACCUUUAGGAAAUGCUUUAGAACAGGUUGAUAAUAGUUUAUUUGUUCAAAUGAAUUAUCCUUUGCCUCGGACUUUUCAAUCAAUUGUUCUUCAAGAUCUUACUGAAACUGAAGGAACUAUAGUUUACGAACAGUAUGUUCAUGAGAAUGGAUUUUUAGUGAAAUUAGGUGACUUUCUAUAUGUUCCCUCUACUAAUGGAUCUACUGAACGUUCUAUUGUACGAGUUGAUAAAUUGUGGAAAUCUUGCACUCAAAAUGCAAUUUUAUUUACUGGACCAUUGUUCAUUACUUCAUCAUUGGUAGAUCAUCUGCCGACACGUUUAUUUUAUCCUAAAGAAGUAUUUCUUACUGGAGCUGAUCAUGCAACUCAUGCACUUGCUUCUGCUACAGGGAAAUGUUAUGUUAUGCGUCCAUGUGAUUAUUCUCAAGCUCGACCUACCGAAAUACCGGAACAAGAUAUUUAUUUGUGUGAUUCAAAAUAUUUUGAAACUGAGAAAGUAAUUCGUAAACUUAAAAAAGGUUUGAAAAAAUUUCAAUUUACAUCUAACAAUGUACAUGAAGAUGAAUUUUAUUUCUUCCCUCAACAAAUCAUGCCUAGAAAAGAUGCAUCACCUCUUUUGGCUCAAGCAUCCCCUGAACCGUUACAGAAUGAUCAAUUAAAUCGUCCAGUAUCUCUGGCAUUUACUUGUGCACUUGCAGCAGCAGCUGGAACUAGUACCACUAUGGUUACUGCACCAAUUAUCUCUCUUCCUAAUUUACCUACAGAUCCAACGAAACAAACUGAUCACCGUAUACCUACUGGAUUAAUGAAUGAAAGCCCUGGAUCUAAUCCACUUGCAGGACAUAAUACAACUCCAGUAAUCGGUCGUCCGUCAGUUAACAAUGUUACACCUACCAAUAAUAAUAAUACUCUAGUUCAUGGUAUAACUUCAUCACCACAAAUUGAUGCGCUGACUCGUGCUUUCAUCGAGAAUAAUAUAGAUCGUACAGGUAAAAAGAGGAAAAUCCGUAAGCCGCCAUCAGGCUAUGUUUUAUAUGCUGGUGAAAUUAGAAAAAAGCUAUUACAAGAACGUCCUGACGCACCAUUCGGUGAAAUUUCUCGUGAAGUUGGCCUUCUGUGGCGUCAAAUGCCUACUGCUCAACGUGACUUGUAUGAACAAAAAGCUCAUCUAAUCAGACAACAUAUGGCUGAAGAAGAGAUGCAAAUGAAAGCCAGAGAACAAGAACAGGGUAGCCCUACUUGUCAAAAAUGGAACAUUGAACUAUUGCAACAAACACAAUUUAUUCAAGAUUUAUGCCGGUUACUUAAAUCAGUUACCAAUGAUUUGGGUAAUCGUUCACGUAAAAUUGAAUUAUUAAGAUCAAAAUUGGACAGUGAAGAAUAUGCUCAUAUUAGACAGAUUGAUAAACCAUUUCCACUUCCUUUAAAUCCGGAUAUUAUUGUAUGCGGUGUACAAUCAUCUACAGCUACAUUAUUCAAGAGUUUUCAGCGACCCGCUUUACUGACAUUUAUCCAACCAAAUGGUGAUACGUAUCGAGCUAUUUUAAAACAUGGUGACGAUUUACGUCAGGAUCAAUUGGUUUUACAAAUGAUUGAAUUAAUGGAUGUUAUCCUUCGCAAAGAAAAUUUUGACCUUCGACUUACACCGUAUAAAGUUUUAGCUACAAGUAGCCGUCACGGUUUAGUUCAGUUCGUAGAAUCCGUUUCAUUAGCUGAUAUUCUUCAUCGUUCCACAUUACUAGCUUAUUUACAAUUGAAAGCUCCGAGUUCGAAUGGUCCUAUGGGUGUUCAGAAAGAUGUUAUGGAAACGUAUAUUCGUUCUUGUGCUGGUUAUUGUGUCAUCACUUAUCUUCUUGGCGUAGGUGAUCGUCAUAUGGAGAAUUUACUACUCACUGCUGAUGGUCAUUUAUUUCAUAUUGAUUUUAGUUUCAUUCUUGGCGCUGAUCCUAAACCAAUGGCACCUGAAGUAAGAUUGACUCGUGCAAUGAUCGAUGGUAUGGGUGGUCCUAAUUCAAAUCAAUUUAAUGAAUUUUGGAAAAUCACUUUUACAGCUUUUCUUAUUUUAAGACGGCACGCGAAUUUAUUCUUGACUUUGUUUUCCUUGAUGUCAAACACAGGAAUACAAAGCUUUAAUGGUCAACAAAAUAAUGCAUCUGAAUUUUUAAAAGAACAUUUCUGUGUACAUCAGUCAGAAGAGAAAGCUGUUAGUCGACUAGCUAAUCGUAUGACUGAAUCUAUCAAAGCUAUUGUACCAGAUAUUAUGGAAAGGAUACACACUAUUGUACAAUACAUGAGGAACUAAUCAAAUCUUUCAAUAAUUUUAUUGUGAUAUCUAUUCAUAUUCAGCAAUUCUUUCAUCAAACCAAUGUAUUUAAAGUAACAAAACAUGAUAAAUUUUCAUUUGCAGUCAACAAUAACAAAACAUCACAUUAUUUCUUAUCAUCAUUAUCUAAUAACUUUUGUAAUAAUGUAUGUACAUGCA